CUCCUUCAUGAGGGCCAAAUCCGUACUCAACCGUCAACUCUAUUUAUAAAUUCACAUGAGAUGUGUAAUGGUGAUUUUAUAGUCAGCCAAGCCAUGUAUGAAACCUUCUUCAAUAACAACUUCACAAAUGCACUUGUGUAUUACGUUUUCUUGUUACUUUUGCUUCUUAUUUCACCUUUAUUAUUCCUUUGCGAACUCAUAAUCACCGUCCGUUCAAGUUUCCAAGGUGACGAAAACAUGUCCAAAAAAGUGGUCUUGAUCACCGGUGCUUCAUCCGGAAUUGGAGAGCUCAUGGCGUAUGAAUAUGCAAAAAGAGGGGCGUGUUUAGCGAUUAUCGCAAUAAAAGAACCAGAGAGUCGACUUGAGCAAGUAGCGAAUACAGCUCGUGAACACGGCUCUCCUGAUGUUCUUUUCUUGUUUGCUGAUGUGUCCAAGAUAAACGAGUGUAGGAUGUUUGUGGAGGAGACCGUUAAACAUUUUGGUCAAUUGGAUCAUCUUGUUUGUAACGCUGGAAUCGGACCCAUUUAUUCUAUUGACAUUGAUGUCUCCAAGUUCGAACCUGUUAUGGACAUAAACUUUUGGGGAUCGAUCUAUCCAACUCAUUUUGCAAUCCCACACCUCGUGAAAUCUAAUGGAAAGAUCAUCGUCAAUGCCUCGGGUUCUGGCGUGUUGAACAUACCAAAAGGCGGCGUCUACAAUGCAAGUAAAGCAGCAUUGAUCAGUUUCUACGAGUCCCUUAGACAUGAAGUGUCACCAACGGUAACGAUAGCAAUCGUGACACUCGGGUUCAUAAGAACAAACAUCAUAACAGCCAAAUAUUCAACCAGCACCGCCGGUGUUCAUCUAAGAAGAGAUCUAGGAGAUGUGUAUCCAACGAUGUCGCCCGAUGCAUGUGCGAAAGCCAUAGUGGCUGGUGUAUGCAAAGGAGCAACGUCCAUUACACAACCAAGGUUCAUUAAGGCUCUCUUCUUGAUCAAGUAUUUAUUCCCAGAAUCACACCAUAUCUACUCCAAUAUUUAUUUUGCCUCAAUGUUUGAUAAAGUGCAAAAGGGUGGAUAAAUCAUAAAAGGCCGUUGCAACAUCACCAUAUUGUAUUAGGGUUUGUUUGUAAUUAUACAUCACAACUAUAAGUUCUUGCAUGUAUAAAGUAUAAUUAUAUAUAUGGUACCAAAGACAUAGUUGUAUUCUUAAUUUUUUUUUUUUUUUAUAAUUAAUGAUCGAUC